CUCCUAUAUCUAGAUUUGAUGAUGGUUUAUGAAGUCUACAAAUCUCCGGUUCCUGCGUAUACUUCGACCAGUACCGCUCCUUCCACCAGUGUCGACCUAGUAAAUAGACCAAAACAAACCGUCAGGGCUCCUCUUUGAUCCCUUUUCUUCCCAUACCCACAACCUCAACCUCUCAUUCUACUCUAUUGAUUUCUUCCAAAACACCAAACUACAUUCUACCGAAUCAACAAACGAAUGCAUCUCACUCUCCUCUUCAACAAACCUCACGGGAUCCCGCAACAAUGCCGAACGAGAACGUCCAGACCUUUUACCGUUGCCCAUACUCACCCCUCUCCUUCUUCAUCAUAAUCGCAUUCAACCUCGUCGCUUAUAUCUGUCUCAAAUUUGCCGCCGUCUUCGCAAAGCCUCAAGUCGCAGUGACCCUACACCUGAUCUGCGUUGCCGAGUUUACGUUCGUCCUGGGGCUGUCUUUUAUUGCGAUACUCAUUGAUCCGGGAAUUACGUUUAGCAAGACGAGGAAGGUUCAGGACAAUGGCGGUGGGGGUGGAGGUUCAUACAAGUACAAGGUCAAGCGUCCGCUGUUUGGGUUUAAAAAUCUCAAGUACUACUUGGAUUCACCGGCUGGGAUGGCAGAUGUUUGGUGGGAUGGGGCAAGGUAUGAACGGGCUGUGUUUGAGCUUUGAUGGGUUGGAUCGGUUGGGGUUUUUGGUGUGUGUUGGUGUUUGGGUUGGUGUUGGUUCUUGGCUGGGAGAUAUUUUGGUGGUUUGUGUUGGAGCAUUCGUCUUUUGGUGGCGGACUUUGUGGUCGGUGGCUCCGUGGAUUUUAGGUAGUCCUUCGAUGGAACGAACUGUGGACGAAGCUGCGAGGAAGAUUCAGCAGUGGGAUUGAUUAGGCUGUAUCACUUGGUGUUGCUUAUGUGCAUC